AAACUCUUUCUAUAAACUGUUAACAUUUCUUCUUCUUCUUCCUCGUCGUUUCUUCUCCUUUCUCAAGAGAACAACUUCUUCACUACGAAUCUUCGGAGAGAAAAAAUAUGGUGAAGAUCUGUUGUAUUGGAGCUGGAUAUGUCGGUGGACCAACAAUGGCAGUGAUUGCAUUGAAAUGUCCAGAUAUUGAAGUAGCAGUUGUUGAUAUCUCUGUUCCUAGGAUCGAUGCUUGGAAUAGUGAUCAGCUUCCGAUUUACGAGCCAGGUCUUGACGAUAUUGUUAACCAAUGUAGAGGGAAGAAUCUUUUCUUUAGUACUGAUGUGGAGAAACAUGUUAGAGAAGCUGAUAUUGUUUUUGUCUCUGUUAACACACCGACUAAAACGACUGGUCUUGGAGCUGGGAAAGCUGCGGAUCUCACUUAUUGGGAGAGUGCUGCUCGUAUGAUCGCGGAUGUAUCGGUUUCUGAUAAGAUUGUUGUUGAGAAAUCGACUGUUCCGGUCAAGACAGCUGAAGCUAUUGAGAAGAUUUUGAUGCAUAAUAGUAAAGGGAUCAAGUUUCAGAUUCUUUCGAAUCCGGAGUUUCUUGCAGAAGGAACUGCUAUCGCUGAUCUUUUUAACCCUGACCGUGUCUUGAUCGGUGGGCGAGAAACACCUGAAGGAUUCAAAGCUGUUCAGACACUUAAGGAGGUUUAUGCUAAUUGGGUUCCUGAAGACCAAAUCAUCACAACAAAUCUCUGGUCUGCGGAGCUUUCUAAGUUGGCUGCAAAUGCUUUCUUGGCUCAGAGGAUUUCGUCAGUCAAUGCCAUGUCUGCUCUCUGUGAAUCCACCGGUGCUGAUGUUACUCAAGUGUCUUACGCUGUUGGUACUGAUUCAAGAAUCGGUUCCAAAUUCUUGAACGCUAGUGUUGGAUUCGGCGGUUCCUGUUUCCAGAAGGACAUUCUGAAUCUCGUCUACAUCUGUCAAUGCAACGGCCUUCCAGAAGUGGCGGAAUACUGGAAACAAGUGAUCAAGAUCAAUGAUUACCAAAAGAACCGGUUCGUGAACAGAAUCGUAUCCUCUAUGUUCAACACUGUCUCCAACAAGAAGGUUGCGAUCCUCGGAUUCGCAUUCAAGAAAGACACAGGUGACACAAGGGAAACACCUGCCAUUGAUGUGUGUAAAGGUCUGUUAGGAGACAAAGCGCUAAUCAGUAUCUAUGAUCCUCAAGUCACAGAGAAACAGAUUAUGAGAGAUCUCGCGAUGAAAAAGUUUGACUGGGACCAUCCUCUUCACUUGCAGCCAAUGAGUCCAACCACAGUGACACAAGUGAGUGUGACUUGGGACGCAUAUGCAGCUACAAAAGACGCACACGCGGUUUGCAUUUUGACUGAGUGGGACGAGUUUAAAUCGUUAGAUUACCAGAAGAUCUUCGACAACAUGCAGAAACCAGCUUUUAUCUUCGAUGGAAGAAACAUUAUGAAUGUUAACAAGUUAAGAGAGAUUGGUUUCAUCGUUUACUCCAUUGGUAAGCCACUCGACCCAUGGCUCAAGGACAUGCCUGCCUUUGUCUAAUCACAAGGCAAAAACUUGUCGAUUCUUGUUUCUUACUUCAUUGUUUGUGCUUUUUUGCUUUCAUUUUCAUAUAAAUUUUAGUCUCAAGAUUCGAUUUGUGAAGUCUUGAAGAGUUGUUUUUUACAUUUUACUAUUGUGUUUGUUAUGUUAAGCUCUUAUCAUUGUGUGUUUCACAUUUUGUCAAGAGCUCGUAUAAUUGUUGUUUCCUUAGAAAAGCAAUAAAGUUUAGUUUUCAAUUCAAA